UUUCCUUGUGCUCAAUGAUGACUUCCCAGUAACUUGCCCGUUAUUUUAGUUUUUUCAAGUUCAACAAAUACCUCAUGGGAACACCAUAUCCGAGCGGACCUCCUUGAUAAUCACGACCGCAAGGUGUAACCAGUAUUAAGAUGCAAAAGAGAAGUGGAGGUGCUGUUCGCGUUGAUAGUCAGUAGGCUUGUGAAAGUGGUAGGAUCGUGCAAUGGAUUCUUUUCUUUUAGUUAUCUUAAUAGGGCAUUCGCAGAAACUGUCGCUUACAUAUGGUUAUUAUAUAUGGGUACCGGAAUAAUAUGGAGUGCGUGACAAAUAGUGGUCACUCUUGUUGUCAACUAAAUUUUCAUGCUGUAUGUCGCAGGACAAACGUUUCCCACACUAGGAAAACCUCUUAAUUGGCACCUUGAGAAAUUCAUUACACUGUAACCGUUAAACACAUAGUCCCUUAAUGACUUCUUUUCUUCUGCAUAACCCACGCAUCGCGAGCUACUAUGUGGGAUUACAUCAGCUCCUAAUCCACUCAGAAUCUGUUUACGAAGUAUUGAUAAUGAUAACGAUGAGCUAGCAUAAAUCAAGUGGAAUUCUCUUUUCGGUUUUUCUCUCUGGCAACAUGGUCUCAUUGUAUAUUCGAUAGUUUCCUUGCUUGUUUAACAUUUACACGGAGAAAGCGGCUCGUCAACGGUUUGUGAUAAUUGGUAAGCAAAAAUGACUGAUGGGAAGUUUCGUUCGAUUCAGAAAUUUACCAUUUGCUCAGAAAACCCCAAUUUACCGAAAGAGUCCAGGACCCGUCCACACUACGCCAGGGUGUAGUGUUUGUAAGGUACAUUUUGGUGCAUCAUACAUAAUACACUUAAGCGCGCAAUGUAAGCUGGGAAGUUGAUUAUUAAAGCAGCAUGGCAUACCUCUCGAUUUCAAUCGUGUGUCGUAUCCGUUCAUUGCAAUAAUCUAGUUCCGUCGGUUGUGGAACGUGACAUCUUGCGACGAGGAUUGAAGUUGCAACUGCCCAGACCAUGGCGUCAAUAAAGAUAGACGAUUUAACGAGUGUAAAACCCUUCGACCCACAUGGUGAACUUUCAGGCGUGGGAAGGCGAUAGCAGCGUUGGUUGAAAAGUUUCUCGGUGUAUGCCGACAGCAAAGGCUUGCUCAUCGAAGCGGAAAAAGCGGAUAAUAAAAUCCAGAGGAGAGCUUUACUCCUUCAUUCUGCCGGCGAAGCUGUUCAAGAAAUUUUCGAAACGUUGGCUGACACAGGCGAGGCGAAAGAUUACGAAAAAGCGGUGAAGGCUUUGAACGAUUAUUUCAUUCCAAAGGUAAAUUCGACAUGCCAAAAUCACCUGUUCCGCAGCAUGGAACAACAGGACGGCGAAACUGUGGCUCAGUUCGUGACACGAUUGAGGCGAGUGGUCAAGGACUGUGACUACGGCGAACAAGCUGAAAACCAGAUUCGGGAUCAAGUCGUGCAGAGAUGCAAAUCACAUGAAUUAAGGAAGAAACUACUGGAAAAAGGUGAGAAAUUAACCUUAGAGCUGUUACUUUCGACGGCAGCAAAUCACGAGCGAGUUCAGUCACAACUGGAGAAUAUGGAAGGCAGAAAGGAUGUGAAUUUGGUCCGCCACAAGCAGGAAGACAAAGAGAAGGAGUCUGUAAAGCGAGCAUGCUACAGAUGUGCAAAAGUAGGACAUUUUGGACGAGACUCUGAAUGCCCUGCGAAAGGAAAAACUUGUCAUAAGUGCGGAGGAGCUGACCAUUUUGGUUCGCAGUGUAGAACAAAAACAGCCAAACCUCCCAAACCUAGACAAGGAGAGACAAAAGGAAAGAAAAAGAAGUCAGUAAGGUAUGUGGGAAGUGAAAGAGAUGAAGAUGAGUAUGCAUUUACUUUGAAUUCUGCUACAUCUCCUGAGAAAAUAGAUGUGACCUGUGGGCGGAGUUGUAGUUGCAAUGCUGAUUGAUUCGGGUGCGAGCACCAAUGUGAUUGACAAAAAUAUGUGGUCAAAGUUAAAGCAAGACAAGAUUAAGUGUGUGUCGAGAAAGAGUGAUAAGAAGCUUUAUGCGUAUGGCAGUAAACAGCCGUUGAACGUUCUAGGAACAUUCUCAGCACUGGCAAGAGUAGAGGGGAAAGAAGCCAAAGCCGAAUUUGUCGUUAUUAAUGGUGAAGGGGCAGCACUGCUUGGAAGAGAAACUGCCAUACAGCUAGGCGUGUUGAAAUUAGGAACCCGGAUCUGCACUGUGACAUCUAAUGAG